AUCGAGAUUGGACAUUGGUCAUCACUUCAUGAGCAGUGGCCACAUUACUAUUUUAUCACUGUGUUCUUGAUCACUGUUCAUAUCUGGGAAAAUCAUCAAGGCUCUCGUGCAAGUAUUUAUCAGGCAAAGAAGAUUAAAUGUGUUUGUUAACCUUCAUAAUAUCUCCCCAAAACGACAAAAUAAGUAAGCGUCUCUUGGCGACGAUGCAAUAACAAUGUGGGGGCGAGAGUGAACAAAGCUAAGGGGAACGUUGAAGGACACAAAGUUAAAAGACUACUUUGUCAGUACUAGAUGGCAAAUUCUUUCUGUGCUAUUCAGAGAAAUUCUUGAAAAACAACGGGAUAUAUCAUAUAAUUAUAUACAUAUUAUACGUGUACAAAGAUUUCGAACUCUUAGUAUUUUAGAGAUAAAGAUGUUGUGCGUUAUAAAUACGCCACUGAGGACAAUAUUUCAGAUUUUGGUGGUUGCAGGUAUAUUUCUCGUCGGUGUGGUGAGAACCUUUGACGAAUGUGAGAAACUGACACCAUGUUCUUGCAAGUAUGCAGGGGGUGAAAUCAUCGACUUGUCGCCGUUGUCUGGGAAUCCCAGGUGGUCAGACCAGUAUGAUACCCAGAAGGAGAACAAGUACUCCUACAACCCCUGCAAAGGGUUCUCUGAAGGCACUUGCACUGACGUCUCGAUUUGCCAGAACACAGGCGACAGUUAUUAUGAAUGUGGGACACAGGAAAGCGCAGUUUUCCUCACCAACCCACAGACAGGGGAACUCUCGGUUAUCUACGAGAGCACUGACACUUUCAACACCACCAGAACGAGCCAAGUGUACCUACAAUGUGCCGAGGAGGACGCCCCGGACAGUUUUGUGGCUGCUGGAGAAACAGCUCCAGGGUCUGGCCUUUACCUAUUUACCCUGAGUAGCCCUCACUGCUGUGCAAAAAAGGAUUCUGAUGACUCCAGCGACCUUUCUAUAGGUACACUCAUCACCAUUGGGGUUGGUAUUUUAGUCAUAGUAUACGUUGUGGUGGGCAUUAUCAUACAAAAGUUUAUGUUGCACAAAUCUGGGAAAGAAGUCUUGCCAAACUACGAUACCUGGUCAAGAUUACCCAGAUUAAUCAAGGAUGGCAUCAUGUAUACCGUGAGAUGCGGGAAGACAGGAUCAGACUACGAGAACCUUGACGGCUGAAUGCUGCUGAGCAUUAUUACAAGGAAAAUCUGUAGGGAAAAUGUCCCCUAUCAUACCAUUGUUUGGUGAUCAAGAGACCUACCUCGAAAAUGUAGUCCUAUUCUAUUGUUUUUCUUUUGAUCUACUGUUGUAAGGAACAUAGUUAGGUCAGAAAAAAGAGGCUAUAAAUUGUACUAGAGCUCGCGGCCUUGACGUCACUCAUGUAAACCAACGGGGGCUGCGUCCAUGACUGUGACUUACUGUGAGAGAAAGAACCAUACAGCGCCGUCCCUUGCGCGUCCCUUGCACACCUACUAUAAUAAGUCUUCAUAGAAUGUGGAGCGUUGAGCUCAAAAUGAGCACUUUGGGUUUUUAAAAAUAUUUUUUGUUGCUGUUCUUGUUUGAUUAUGCAACAAUGUACGUGUAUACAGAAUACUGCAUCUACUGACCAAUUGUGGGAAACAUUAAUGCCCUUAAAUGUGUACUACAAAUGAACGAUAGGCGAUUUUAUAUAAUUUUGAGGUAAUAUUUGCUGGUUCUUCCGGGGUGGGGAAACAAAGUGAGUGACUGAAAUUGUUAAUAAAACUAACACUCUAAUACUUGCAAAC